AUGACUGAUGAAAUAGAGAAUCUCAUUGAGGAGUUUCUCUCUCAAGGUCUUUUGACCUACGCAUUGCGUCCCGACGGGCUAAUGGAGAUCACCGCACCAGAUGCCGAAAACAAUGACGGCUUGAAAAAAGACGUUGAAGCUCUAUAUAAUGCUGUGCGGGUCAGAGAUGAAUCUACGCGACUUGAGAUCGAUUCCAGGGUAUGUCGUUUCGUUCGUGAUGUGGCAGAUAAAUCUCGAGAAAACUUCGAGAUCAUACAGCUGAGUGACUCCAUCUCUAUGGAAGAAUUGAUUUCCGCGCUGCAAACAGCGAAUAACCUCAUUUCCCAUAAACUUUCUGACAUAAAUUUGGCAGCCGAGAAAAGUGUCCAACAAAUUGAAGAAUUGACUGAGAUUACUCGAUUUCAUUAUGGUCAGCGCACUGACGACGUCGAGGUCAUAGCGGCGACACUGAAAUCACUAAUUACUGAGGCUGAAAAAGGCUUUUAG